GAUUUUCAGAUGCAUUGCAUAUGCAUUAGUUCCCUCAGAAAAAAGGAAAAAAUUUGACCAAAAAGGGGAGAAAUAUAUUUUCAUUGGAUAUAGUGACGAGUCCAAGGGUUAUCGUCUCUAUAAUCCAAACACAAAUAAAUUUAUGAUUUCCCGAGAUGUGAUAUUUGAUGAAGGUGCUGCAUGGAAGUGGGAUGUCAAUUCCUCCCAAGAGCCAAAGUUUUUUGGGCCUGAUGAUGCAGUACAUGAGCGAGAAACUUUGACUCAAGAUCUAAGUCCAAAUCAAAGCCCACGCACCAGUCCAGAGAGCUCAUCAUCGGAUGAUCUCAAUCCAACAAGAAAGGUACAUUCCUUACGGGAUAUAUAUGACUCGUGUGAUUUUGCCUUCUUUACUUGUGAACCACAUAAUUUUGAGGAAGCUGCAAAAGAAGAAAUUUGGCUAAAAGCAAUGAAUGAAGAAAUUACAACUAUUGAGAAGAACCACACAUGGGAGCUUGUUGACUUGCCCAAAAGAACAGACGUAAUUGGUGUUAAAUGGGUUUACAAGACCAAGUACAAAGAAGAUAGAUCCAUCCAAAAACACAAGGCCCGCUUAGUGGCAAAAGGCUAUUCCCAACAAUCUGGAAUAGACUUUAAUGAGACUUUUGCUCCAGCUGCAAGGAUGGAGACAAUACGGGCAGUCUUGGCCUUAGCCGCACAAAACGAGCUUCCCGUAUAUCAGCUCGAUGUCAAAUCUGCCUUUCUCAAUGGUAAACUAGAAUAA